UCUGACCUCCGCGGGCACAUGGUGCGUCGCGACGAUCAGCUGAUACACGUGAAGCAGCAGUUCAGCGUGGAACGUUGGUGAGUGAAGACGUACGGCACACUCUCUCUCCCGCGAGCGUGGCCUAAGAAAUUCAGUGUGGUGAUCGUAAUACAAAGGUGAAAUUGAUAUUGACCAAGUUCUUUUUUAUAUGCCUGUGAACACGAUGGCAAGUUUGACUCUCGAGGAAGACUUAAACGCAGCCGCCUGCCUAGUUGCCAUGAAGGGCGGCGGAAGGCUGAGUCCGUGGGCGGCGCCAGAAACCAACAGCCAACGCCCACGUCUUCAAGUAAAAACUCACCUACCACUGCAACGGCCAUUCCAUGACCCACCACCUACCCACACGCCCGCACCAAGCCCCGAACACUCUCCUUCAGUCGAAUUCACACACCACGCCUUCCCCCUGUCGCCCGACCACAUGUACCAGCCGCCCACCCCGCCCACCCCUCCGUCGCCGCCCACUCCCAUCCUGGAGGAUCAUUCCUACUGCCCGUCGGCGAUGGAGGCGUGCGACGCCAGCCCCGACCACUCGGUGUACCUGAUCGCCCGCAUCCUGGCCGACCUGAAGCGCGUGCAGCAGGAUCGGGUGGACGUCCGCGAGAAGGCGCCGGAGUCCCUGCCGCCCACCGCCGGCCCAGACGCAGGAGAAGCCCCUGGAUUUCAGCAGAAGAGGCGUGGCGGAGGCAGCCGCGAGCGCCGCCGAGGAGCGGGACGCGGGCGCCACCAGCCGCACCCCCGCGAGGUGCACGGGCGGGCGGCGAGGGCGGGGUCGGGCCAGCCAGCAGAAGGUAGAGGACAAGCGCGCCCACCCCUGCACUUUCCCCGGUUGCGACAAGAUCUACGGCAAGUCGUCGCAUCUGAAAGCACAUCUGAGGACGCACACAGGAGAGCGCCCGUUCGAGUGCACGUGGGCGUCCUGCAGAAAGAGGUUCGCUCGCAGUGACGAGCUGGCACGGCACACCAGGACCCACACCGGAGAGAAGAACUUUGUGUGCCCCGUCUGCCAGAAGAGGUUUAUGCGCUCAGAUCACUUAAGCAAACACGCCCGCAGGCACCCGGAUUUCGACCCGACCCUCCUGCGGCAGCGGCGCCACGCAGCCCCGAGCCCUCUCACCUGCCCGUCCUCUUCCGCCGUCUCGGACAUGGAGGAACCCAGCUCUCCUUGAGGUCUGCCGCACUUCGGAAGCAAGUCCCAAGUAGU